GUUGAUAGCGGCUGUGUUUGACGAUCAACCGUAUUUUAACAAAUUUUACGAGGUAGAACUGGUGCUGAAAAAGGUGGAACUGCAACUGUGUGUUCGGCAUAGUGUGACACCUCUUCUGGACAGAUCGCCAAACGAUGAUCAGGGCGCCCGUGGCCUGCUGCAGAUCGUUGUGUGCGAGCGUGGGCAUAUCGCUGGCCCCUCUGGCCCCUAAGCUGACCUUCACUCCGAAGCGUCACUUCUGGCAAUGGCUAAACGCCGUAUUUAACAAGUAUGACGAGGCUCGCAUCCGAGAGGUGGGUCCUGAUCGAGCAGCGGCGGAAUGGCUCAUCCGCUGCGGCGCUUCCGUCCGGUGGGCCGGAGCGGAGCAGUUCCACUCGGACUACAACACCCUACCCGUGUCCCGGGCACUGAAGAUCCAAGAGAUUGACGCCACGGACUCGUCCAUCAUGCACAUAGGCUUUCCCUACCUGAGGGGGCUGACGAAUCUCAGAUCCCUGAACCUGAAGCGCUGUCACUACGUGAGAGACGAGGCCCUCCAGAUGCUCGCGUGCCGGAAGGAGAGCCUCGAGGAGCUACGGGUGAUCAGCUGCGGCAACGUGAGUGACUACGGGGUCAAGACGCUGUCUGAGCUGACGAAGCUCAAAACCCUGGAACUUUUCGACCUGCCAGAGGUAAAGGACAAGGACGGAUGUGUUCAGCACCUCCGCCAGUUUCUUCCAGCCUGCAAAGUUGAAUACCGGACUGACGAACAGUUGCCCAACACUCAGUAGCCAGACUGCCAAGGUAAAUGUCAGUGGCAAAACUAUGCUGUGAUGUGCGAAUAAUAAACCAUGUGACAUCGACA